AUGCUCGAACUGUCGUCGAAAGAAGGCACGUUGCGAUGGAGCAACCCCGACAUGCAACAAGUGCAUUGCCUCGCAGGACCGUCGGUUGCGUAUGCCGUCUCGCUCGAGAACCGCCUCAAAGCAUUCGAGGAUAGAUUUGAGAGGCUUCGCCAGAGUAGCAGCACGGAAGAACGUCAAGCCUUGAUCUUGAUGCCCUUUGAGAGGGCCAAGCCGGAGCGCGCAAGACGUGCUUCGGCGGACGCACGAGAGCCAAAGGAUACGCUCGACGAGGAUCUGGAUGUUGAGGCCGCAGACUCGUCCCCACUUAUACAGGGUGAACCGCCGGAUGAAGCCUCGGUAGGCGUGGAUGGGCGCAUCUGCUUCUACGGCAAGACAAGCCACUACCACGUUGGUCCUCGGGAGGAUGAGGACGACGAAGGUACGCUGCCUCGCAGCACAGAACAGCGUGAGCGGCAGACGACAGACCAACAGCAACCGAUGUCCAUCUUGUCUGAAAUACCUAGUGAAUUCCUGGACCAUCUGCUCGACGCAUACUGGUGCUGGGCACAUCACCUGCAUUUGGUCCUCAACAAGCGAUUAUUCCUGAGGGACCUGUUCGUUUCCGGGCCAUGGGUGACACCGUUUCUGAUAUGCGCCGUACUAGCACAAGCUGCACGGUAUUCGACGAGGCCCGAUUCCCCAAGCUUAGGGAAUCAUUUCGCGGCCAGAGCGUUGCAGCUGCUCCCCAAUGAUAUCGACAGAGGCAGCUCGAUUCCCACAGUACAAGGUCUGCUUAUCCUCUCGGCGCGGGAAUGUGGCUGUGGAAGGACCUCGCAAGGCUGGCUGUACUCUGGCAUGGCUUUCCGAAUGAUGCGAGAUCUGGGGAUACACAUUGACUCCAAGAAGAUGAGCUAUCUGGCCCGUCAAUUUUCCGAGGAAGAGCUCGCACUUCGACAGCAGGUGUUUUGGAGCUGCUUCACGUGGGACAAAACCAUGAGCUUAUGUCUUGGCAGGGCUCCAAUCAUCCAUGACACGCUCGACAUUCCAUCAAGAGAAACCCUGAUUGACGGCCAAGAGAUGGACGAUGAGCCGUGGAGACCAGUGUUGGGGCAGGAGCAAGAAUCGAUGGCAGCCUUCACGGAGCAGAAAUUGCUGGGGAGUGCCCGAUUUGGCGCAUACUGCAGGUUGUGCAUCAUCAUCGACGGCGUGUUGGAUGGUCUCUAUUGCCGGCCUCAUCGGUCAAAGCAAGACCACCUGCUGGCUUUUCUCGAGAACACCAUCCAGAAGCUUGAAGACUGGUCAACUACUCUUCCUGACGGUCUCUUCAUCUCGAUUGGAGAUAGAGCCGUUCUCUGUCCGCCCAUCCAUAUCCUGCUCCUCAAUCUGACAUAUCAUGCAACGAUAAUACUCUUAUGCCGCCCUUAUCGAACACUGUCCCCGAGAGCAAAGGACCUCUGCACAAAAGCUGCCCAGAUGAUCGACUCGCUGUUCACUCUGCACGUGCGUCGUUUUGGGUUCCGGUUCAUCACGUACCUUCAGACAUACACCAUGUUUGUUGCCUGCACAAUCAACGUUCUUGACCUGAAGGAGAACGAAUCGUGUAACCGACGCAGCGGCGAUGGCCUGGUCUUGGCUCAAGAAGCAAGUGUGAGGUUGAACUUUGGCCUGGAGGUGCUGCGACAAGCCGGUGCGACACCUUCAGCCGCAAGGUGUGCCGCAGUCAUUGUGCAGCUGCUCAGACAGUGGUCGGACAAAAAGGUGGUGCGAGGCGCAAUCCAGAGCUCGCGAGACCAUCGUGGCCAUAGUAUUGUCGCUUCUCCACGUGCAAGGCCGCCAUCGAGGUCGUGCGCAGCGAGCGCGGGUGUCUUAGUCGAUCCUACCACAGGACCAGCACAGACGAGCGAGGGAUCCCCUUCCCAUGCACCACCAGCAUCGAAUUCGCUUCCGGCUUUCUCCCCAGAAGUUAGCAGCAGCAAUUUCCAGUUCCACGCGUCCCCGUCGACUGCGCAACAACCACAAGUACAAGGACGGGCACUAAACUCAGCUCCUUCGCCUGAUGUACAGAACAGUAUGGCAUAUCAGUAUAACGGCAGCGUGAGUCUCCAACAGCUGUGCCCAGAUGGAAGUCCCUACGCCGAUGCCAGCAUAUCAAAUUUUGUCAACAUGGGCAUCGAAACUCCGAUGCGAUGGCUGCCUGAUAAUAUAGUCGACGACGGCAGCUGGAUGUUGAUGACAGACUUCGGCAACGGCUUCCUUGAGGUAUGA